AUGUGCAAUUUGUGGUUGCGCGCCACCCUGCUCCAGAAAACCAACACCUGGACGUUGACGAAAUAUAACGGGCCACACAUAUGGGAUAUGCUAGUGUCAACUCGUAACCACAUAAAUUUUGGAAUUAUUCAAAUUGCCGAUUUUAUUAAGACUCAAGUGUUGGGGCAGCGUGAUAUACGGAUUAAGACGCUUAUGGCGGGAAUUUUAAAAUCCUUGGGACUGACCCUUCCAUAUAAGCGGGUGUGGUAUGGGAAGGAGAGAGCAAUUAGUAGCGUCUACGGGGACUGGGAAUAUAACUACACGCAAAUCACGAAAUUCAUGGAUAACUUGGUCCUCGUGAAUCCUGGAUCUUUCUGGCAUGCCGAAGGCCGCCAAACUGAUUGCGGUGGGGUGGAAUGUAGAAUUUUCAAAAGAAUAUUUUGGACCUUCUUCCCGAUGGUGGACAGAUUUCCAUUUUGCAAACCAGUUCUAUUCAUCGACCGGACGCAUUUAUAUGGUAAAUAUAAAUUGCAUAUGUUGAUAGCGUCGGCGGUAGAUGGCAACAACCACAUAAUGCCAGUGGCGAUUGCAAUAGUUGAUUCUGAAUCUAGUGAGAGUUUUGAAUAUUUUUUGGAUCAUCUUGGAGAUCAAGUCAUUCGCGAUCGAAAGGUGGCCAUUGUUUCAGAUCGCGCUUCCGGAUUAAUAUUGGUUUUGAAGCGUCCGGAAUGGGAAGAGAUUGAUCACUUUUUCUGUAUUCGGCAUUUAAUGGCCAAUUUCCACACUCAUAUCAGGAAUAAUGAUAUGAAGACGCUGGUUGAGAAAGAAGGUCGGACUUUUCAAGAGAAAAAGUACAAGUGA